AUGAGAUCGGAGGGGUACUUAUUUCCACCACCGAAGAAGCUAAAAGAAGAAGACGAGUUUCUUGCAUUAGUAGUUGAAAAAACAGGCGACGAAACCAGAACAUCAAUGAGGCAAAGUGAGAUUUACGCUUACAGCCAGCACAUCAGAAUCAGAGAUGGUUACAUGGUUAUGCCGAAGUAUCAUUGGAAUGGUUUCUCUCCAGGCGAAUGGUUUUUUGCUAAGGUGGUUUAUGCAAAGAGUCGUGAUGAAAAAUCGUCCUAUGAACGAGAACUGAGAGAUAUUCGCAAAAUUAAACCAACGGAAUAUGUGAAAUACAGAAUUCCUAAAACCACAUUUGAACAUGGAUACGUUCGGGUCGAGUGCUUAUUUAUACUUUGCCCAGAUUUCAUUCGUUACAGACAUACGAAUAAUUCUUAUGGAUCUUAUAAAAAACUGAUUUUGAUGGAUAUGGGGCAAGGUUUCGUCUACAAUCACAGUAGGGAUACGAAAUUGUUUACUAGUGUCCAUCCGGAAAGAAAAUAUUGGGGAGUUUUCGAGUUUUGCGCAAAGGAAAAUGGGGCGUGCAAUUUCGGACAUCGAUCCGAGUUGCGCGAUCAAACUAAUCACGUAUUAGAGCGGGAUUCGAUGUGGCAACUCGAUCAUAUCAGCAGAACUCCAACAAAAGAAGAAUCUGUGAUGAUGGAUAAUUGGCUAAAAAAACUACGAAAAGAUGCCGAAGAUUUUGACAAAAAGCUUGAACAAGAAGGAGCUUACUCUCAACAUGAUGGACGACAUCAUUCAACAUCAGAAAAAAUUUCUCAAAAUGACCACGAUGUUACUCUGACGCAAUCAACACUCUCAAUUACGGAUCAGAUCGAAACACUGAGCAUUUCUGGACGGCACACAACACAUCAGAUGCCUUCAUCGUCCGAAGUUUCUAUCGAAGACUCUUACAGCCAGCAUACCCUUACUUCUCAAUCAGAUAUAAGUUAUAAUCCUCACGAAUUCUCCAGUUUCCGUGAGAUGGAAGAGCAUCGUUCACGAGUUAUCAUAGAAAAAGACGUGGAGGAUCAAAAUGGAAAACUUGUACGAAAAUGGUUUGAUAAAGAAACUCAUGAGUCAUCUCCCGAUCCUGAUAUUUUGCAUUUCAAAUUCGAUUCUCGCUAUAAAGUCGUCGAACCUCCUCAACAGCCACCAGUCGUGCUUCCUCUGACUAAUCGCGAUCGCACACUAUCAGAAAGCUCAGUUCGCAGAAGUUCUUUGGGACACCCUCUUGCUUCUUCAACUCCUCGCCCAAGCCCGGAAACAACACGUCGAAGUUUUAAUUCAGUUGAAUUCAUCAGAUCAGAAGAAUCCGAAGAUGAACAUGAGCUGGACGAAGAUGAAACAAAUAACCUGGAAAGCAAUCAAAAUUUCAUGAAUCAGACUUCGGAUACAACUAUGAUGUGCAGAGAUAACAAUGCAAAUCCCUUCCGCCCUGGACAUCCUUAA